GGCCACCGCGCAUGCUCACUCCUAUCAUCCUGGUGAAACUUGAUGGGGAGCUGUUUGUGAGCUCCGAGCCCAGGAAACCUGCGGAGCAAAUAGUAGUCAUAAUCAUAACCUUGGACGCUUGGAAAUACGGUGGAAGCGUGUUGCUUUGAGGGCUGCUGGUGGACUUGGGGGAGACAUCAGCCCUUACAGGGUCUUGAGAUCAGUAGCUAUAGACAUGGGGAAAUCUCUUUCCAUGCCUUUAUCUGCUUUGAAAGAUGAUGGGGCUUCAUCCUCUGAUAACAUGAAAAGUGGAUUAAUGCACUCAGACUCUCAUAGUGAAGAUGGAAAAAAUGGAGAUGUGUCACAGUUUCCAUAUGUUGAAUUUACAGGAAGAGAUAGUGUCACAUGUCCCACUUGUCAGGGCACUGGGAGAAUACCACGUGCAGCAAUUGAGGGUAGAAAUGACAGGAUGCUGGAUUGUAUUCCAGGACAGGAAAAUCAGCUUGUUGCCUUGAUUCCGUAUAGUGAUCAGAGACUGAGGCCAAGAAGAACAAAACUUUAUGUGACUGCUUCUGUAAUUGGAUGCUUACUACUUUCUGGACUGGCAGUAUUUUUCUUAUUUCCUCGAUCUGUCGAUGUACAAUAUGCUGGAGUCAAAUCAGUAUAUGUUGAUUAUGAAGCACAAAGACGCAUAAUAUACUUAAAUAUUACGAACACGUUGAACAUAACCAAUAACAAUUAUUAUUCUGUUGAAGUUGAUAACAUUACUGCCCAGGUACAGUUUUCAAAGACGGUGAUUGGAAAGGCACGACUGAACAAUAAUACCCACAUUGGACCACUGGAUACGAAACAGAUUGAUUAUAUGGUACCCACAGUAAUACAAGAUGAAAUGAGUUACAUGUACGAUUUCUGUACUUUAAUCUCUAUCAAAGUGCAUAAUAUAGUUGUCAUGAUGCAAGUGACUGUGACCACUUCCUACUUUGGCCACUCAGAACAAAUAUCUCAAGAACGAUACCAAUAUGUAGACUGUGGUGGAAAUACAACUUAUAAGUUGGGACAGACUGAAUAUGUAAAUGUUGUUCAGCCUUUUCAGUAAAAGGACCAGAAAUUGAAUGUGCAGAAAGAAAACCCACAACUAUUGUUUUUUCUCAUUUCUCAUCCAAGUUGAAAUUUAAUUAUACAUGAUACUGCUUAGAGGUUGAUGUACAUAAAGUAGCAGAUUGGGAGGUUUCCUUAUUUUUUGUGAUGUAAACAAAAAAAAAGGAUGAACUGUAUAUAUCCACACUUAAUAACUUGUACCUUUCUACUAUAAAUGUGGAAGUACUGUGUCAAUCCAUUAAACCAAGGGUAGCAGGAAAGAUUGAGAACAACAUUUUAUAUCCAUGAUUUUUUGCCUAUAUGCAAACAAGGAUAUGUUACUCUCCCAACACAUGUUUUUGUAUUUCUUAGACUAAUGAUAAAGUAAUUUCAGAACUUGAUUGUUUUAAUUGAAAUCUAAUCUGAAUAUCUAUUGUACAGAAAUAAUUUGCACCCCAUUGUAGCAUCAGAUGACACAUGCUUGUGUAAUAACCCUAGGACAGAUCAAUGUUUACAUUGUUGGCAUUUUGUUUGUUGAAAAUUGUUUUUCAGGUGGAAGUUUUUCAUUUUUCACAAAGUCCAAUAAUUUGCUUGAAAACUUGGAUGGAAUUGGAGGAAUAGCAUUUGACUUAGACACAUUUGGGGUGUGCUGCUGAAUAAAAAUAAAAAAAAAUUAAAAAUGUCUGUUAAAAACACAAAAAAAUCUAAUUAUUAAAAACUAUUGAAAGUCUCAAACUUGUCUGAAAGGUUUACUCUAUGAAAAUAUUUUAAUAUAUUUAGUUACCAUUAAACACUUAACAUAGACGUGUCCUUUUUUGGCUUACAUCAUGGGUACCUCUCACUGAAACAUAUAAAAAGUCUCCGAAAAUACAAAAUAACCAAGCAUAUAAUAAUGUCAAUAUGUUUUAUGUAGGAAUAAUAAUUGAUAAGAGUUACACUGGAAAGAAUCUUACAUGGGUUUAUAUCUGUUUUUUUAUUAUGCAUUUUUUCCUAACAGGUAUGUCAUUAUGUUUGAUAUGGUAUUGAGGCAUAAUUUUGAAUCCCAUUUAGCAAUUGUAAAUGGGAAAUGUCAUAAUUUUUAAUACUUUUGUUUUUGCAAUUAAUUCAUAAAUAGAUUUACCGAAAUCAUAAAACUAGCUUUCGUUGGUAUGAGAUAAAUAUAAGCUAAUGGUUUGAACCUCACUAAUCAGUGCUCUUAUGGUUACAGAAUAUUAACGACUCUAAAAUGGAAAAAGUUAUUAAACUUAAUUUUGAAGGAAAACCUUACUAACAAACACAUUUUUCAUAUGAUUCUUUAAUUUUCAUCACCAUUACUACCAUUUUUAAAUUAACACACAAAAUAGCACUGUUUUAAUUAAGUAUAAAAUGUAGUCAGAAAUUAAACAGGUAACUUCAAGAUUUACACAUCACUAUAUUAACUAAAGGUUUCAUUGGAUUUAUGUUCUACUUUGCAAGCCAUAAGUGCAACAUUGAGGAGGGAAGAUGAGGGUAGAUAGCAGUAAAUGGUUUUUAUCAUUUUAAUGGACCAGAGUAAUUCAAAGUAACAUGAUUAUUUGGAUUAAAAGGACUGGUGCAGAAAUUCUUGCAAUUGUGUGUUUUUACAAAUCUUCAGUUUGGUUAGAAUGUUGAUAGCAUUACCUGAAAAUGGUUUCACAAUUUUAAUACAUUACAUUUUGAUAGAAUGGAAAAUGAGUUAAAAUAAACCAAAAUAUCCACUGAAUUUAUUUGAGAAAAUGUAUCAAAAUCCAAACCCAUUAUUUGAAAUUGUCUAGUACAUAUUCUAAAACAGAGACACAGAAUUUAAAUAUAAUCUCUUUUUUCUAAAAUAAUAGUCAAAGAACUUUCUUGUGGUUACAUUUAAAUGCAUGCCAGGACUUAAAACAUUAAUUUUAUUGAUAUAAAUUGGGAGCAAAAGUAAUACAUCACAGCCAUCUUAAUGAUGCAUAUUAGCUAGAGGCUUAUUUCAGAAAGUGAAAUUAUAUGAAUAAAUUUCAUAAAUUUUAUGAAUAAAUUUAAUAUAUAAUAGCACUAUUCUGCAUUUUUAAACUUAUGAAUUUUAUGUGUACAGAAUACACAUUGCUGCAUUAUCCUGUAAUUGUACUGAACAUGCUUGAAUAAAUUCACUCAC